AUGACGCCCCUCGCCCGCCUCGCCGCGCUGCUCGCCGCGCUCGCGCCCCUGGCAGCGGCGGCGCCGUCUCCGCAUCCGUCCCCGGCCGACGCCGACGCCGAGGCGCCGCCGCGAUGGUCCGACAUCAAGUUCUCGGGCAGCGGCUGCCCGCAGGGCCACGCGCCCAAGCUGACGUCCGAGGACGGCAGCAACAGCCUCGAGGCGCCCAUCACGCUGACCUUUGACGGGCGCUUCCGGGCCUCGACGGCGCCCGACAAGACCAGCCGCAUGUCGGCGUGCCAGGUCCACAUCUCGACGCGCGGCAGCGGCUCCAAGGGCUGGCAGCUCGCGCUGUCCGACGUCUGGGCCGAGGGCAAGGGCAGCCUGGCCCCCAAGGCGUCGCUCGAGUACUACAGCACCGUCUUCUUCUCGGCCGACGCGGAGAAAACCCAAACUCUCGAUGGUGUCCUCACGAACACCAAGGACUCGUCCAUUAGCGUGCCGCUCGAGGUGCACUCGAGCCCGGGUGACAAGGGCCUAUGGAGUGCGUGCUCCAGCGAUGGCCACAUCGCCAACGUCAUCUUCAGGAUCGUUCUGCCAGACAAGGGGACCAGCAACUUUGAGGUCUCGUCGGAGAAGCUUGCGUUCAAGUGGAGGCGUUGCUAG